AUGUGCUACGUUUGGCGCCGAUAUGGGUCUAAUUUUUCAACCUACGAUUACGAGAAAGACGCUGCUGCUCAGUAUGCGCCAGUGUGUCGGCGGUGCGUAGUAGAGCCGAAUCUGGUCGCCCACGCACCACGGUGUGUUUGGAAGCUGAUUUUCGAGUACUGUGACGCGACGGCGAAGCAUCGUCUGCUGCAGCUGUGCCAUGCCACGCAGAUGGGCGUUGUGCUGCCGUAUCCUCACACGCGGUACGGAUGGAGUACUUUUUUCGAAGGUAGGUGUUUCAUCUCCAAAGGUGCCAAUGGUGAGGUUUAUCGCACAAUGGUGCGUCGAGACAUUACGAAGAAGCUUGCACGGUCUCUAAUUAACGUGCUGGAUGCAAAGGUGCUAGCCGAUCUUGCUGGUUGCACUGUGGCUGUGAAGGCGAUCCGAAAGUCGACUGUUUUCUCCUUGAGGAGGUGGAAGCACAUUCAACGGGAAGUGGAUGCGCUGCGUAGAUGCUACCACCGUCACGUCGUUCAGCUGCACUUUGUCGCGCAGGGCCCCAGUGAGGUUUAUAUUGUACUUCAGUACGUGCCCGGCGGAGACUUGUUUGACUGGCUGGUCCGUCAACAGAUUCCAAUGGAGUAUGACGUGGUCGUCAUCGCGCGCCAGCUUCUCGAAACGCUUCACUUUAUGCACGAGGUUUGCGGGGUUGUGCAUCGUGAUAUCAAGCCGGAGAACAUCUUGCUACAGCCCAUUGUAAAUUCAAGUGUACAGAGGCAAGGGGAUGGGUCUCUCAGCGCGGAGGGCGGGUGCGCUACGGGGCACGCCAGCGCGUCCGAUGACUUGCACAUACGCCUUGCCGACUUCGGGUACGCGAAGCUUCUUCCGAAAAGCGAGCCUGAAGACGCGUUCCUGUCGCCAGCACGGACGUCGGACACUCCUUUGCCGCCUGCACCCCCCGAUGAGGUUGGUAACAUGGGGCCUAGGUCGGAAAGUGUGCAGCGCACGGAGCCUCACGCGAACGCUCGCAGGCCGUUUCUCAUUUCGUCCACCCCGUGUGGAACGCUCGGCUUCGCUGCCCCUGAGAUUCUUUCCGCCUACAACGCACAGAAGAACGCUUGGCAGCGCCUUCGUUCAAGCCGGCAGUCUGCCGAGCUGAUUGGAGACAUAGCCAAGCCGCAAACGCCGGUAGAUUUGGUGAAGCGUAUGGACAUCUUUGCGGCUGGCGUGACUAUAUGUAUCCUCUUGACGGGGUGUGAGCCGUUUCCGUGUCUGUCGUCUAAAGAGCAUAUUGAGGCUGUGUACGAGGGUCUGGACUUUAGUGAACCUCAGUGGAGCUACGUGUCUCAGCCGGCCAAGAGCUUGCUACGCCGCAUGCUUGCGCCAAGGGCGGCGGACCGUCCCUCUGCCUUUGAGUGCCUCAACUCACCUUGGAUUAAGCACCAUGCCCCGUACACCGACGCCACCUCAGAGGCGGAGGGGGACGAUGAGAAUGUUCAUGGGAAGAGGCUCAAUCACAGCGCGUCUGUGUGGCAGCUGCUCUCCACUUCGUUUCAGAACUCUGUCCACUCGCUGCGCAAGAGUGAGGGGUGGCUGUUCGUACAGGAUGCACAGGGACUCGUGACAACGAUUCCGCGUCAGCUUGUAAACGACAUAGAGGCUGGUGAGCCCUUUUCUGAGGCGCUUCAUUCCUCCAGCGGUCGCGAGCAGGCUUUCAGUGUCUACUAG